AUUUUUCAUCUGAUUCCAAGUCUGAAAUUUUGAAGGCCUUUUAAAGAAGAAUGUGAAAUGUGAAAAAUAACUGAUUUUUAAAAACUUGCUCAUUGUGACUGAUUUUGCCAGCACAGUUCACAAGUGUUUUAUAAAUAGUAUCUUCUCUCUUUGUGCAGCCAUGGGUAAAGUUAAGUAUUUCUGGGAUAACCCACAAAAAGUAGGCAGUCUAGUCACUGACAAAGAUGGCAGUAAAUACUACCGGGGGCCGGGUUACGGUACCAGCAAUUACAUCACACAUGAUCGUCUGAAGAGUCGAAGCUUCAUUAAGGGACACGAUGUCAUCUUCCUCCUCUCCCUUGAAGAUGUGACUGGACUUUUGAAGACCAAGAGACCAAAAAUCAGAGACCUGGGAUUAGAGAUUGAUGACCGUGAUGCAGAGAAGGAGCCAGAGAGACAGAUGAACCCCAGAGUUCUGGGUCCAUGGACUAAAAGAUCCCCAUGAGAUGCAGGAUACAUCAAGAUGCCUCAAUGGAAAGAGAGAGAGAGAGAGAAAAUCUUUCCAGAAUUGUCCAGAUUGUGUCUUAAUUACUGAGCUGCAGCUGCUGAAUCAUAACUUGCAUUAAACUAUUCUCAAGAAACGUUA